GGUUGCCAGUGGCAGAGUCCAUGCAUGACCUGCUCCACUGGGAAAGGAAAAAGUCCAACUCUUCAAUUUAAUGAGGUGGUCUACAUGCACACCACUUUGAAAGCGCCCAGUGUUGUACUUGUUGUAGAGCUUGUUGGCCAAACAAAAGAUUCAGAUGGGGUCAGCAAAGCAAGGUCACUCGGUUGGGGAAUCAUCAGACCCUUUGCUGUGGAUGCUGAACAUCCAAACACUUUACGAAAUGAUCACAGUCCUCUCAAGAAAGUGCAGCUGUACAAAGGGACACCCAGAGCACUUCUUCUUAUAGAUGAGCCAAUCGAACAUUGUGAACACUUAAAAUCGAUUAAUGGGCGCUACUUGACUUGUUCCAUAAGCAUCCAUCAAGCUUUAUUCAAAAUUGUUCACUUGUUACCUGAGAAUGUAUUCUUUGGAAGAACAGACAAGAUCCCAGGGUUGCAGCAGAUCGGUAAAACAAUUGAUCCGUUCCAUAAACCAAAGUUAUCUCCAGUCUUUAUGUGCCAACUGAAUAAUAUUUUAGUGUCGCUGCCGCCAAAUAUUGAUCGGUUUGAAGAAGAACUCUGCCAACGUCUCAGUGAAGAUUAUCUCAACAACAUCUCUGAUGCUGAUAGUCUUACCAACAUCUCCGUUAAUGAACUGGUUUCAAUCACAGAACGAAGACUCAAGCUUGCUGUUCACAAUGGGUGGUGCUUCUGCGGUAAUGAAGAAAUCAUACAUCUUGAUCUGGAGUACAGCAAUGGUUCAAAUGGCCAGUCUCCAAGUCCUGCUCCCAGGCCAAGAAGUAGCUACCGGAGGAAAUAUUCUCUGACGUCAAAUGGGUCUUCAAAUGCUGUUGGAUUAGUGCUGAGAUCCCCAUGCUAUGUUAAGGAUCUUUUUGACUCACCUGACUGUUCUGUGGUUCUAUCUUUGGAGUAUGUUAUCUCUGAACCAAUGAUGGAAGAACACAUGAAAUUUGUUCGAUCAAUGCCAUGGGCUUUCAAAAGAGUCGUCCUUCUUCGAUGGUGCAUAUGGAAACCAUUUGACUCCUCAGCACCUGGUCAAGAAAUGGUUGGGGAUGUCCACGUGAUCCCGUUUAUUGCUGGACCCAGUCGAAAUCCCGAUGAAGUGUUUGUGUACAGGGGACCACUAACUGAUAUGUAUGAUAAGCACCUAGCUCGAAUGGCCCCAGGAAAUAUCCAAUUCUAUGCUAUGUUGCACACACAGAACCAAAGUGAAGGGUCUGGUUCUGUUGGAGAACUUCAAGCCAAGAUAAAGAAUGCAGCCAUUCCACCUUUACCUGUAAAGUCUUCCAGUAGACAAGUGCCUUCAAACAAAGCUGUGGAUGUUUCUGCUGUCAACCAGACUGUAAAAAGCCAUCAACCUGUAGCCCGUCCAAGCUACCAGACCAACACUGCCAUUUCACAGAUGUCAGCAGUUCCUUAUGGAAUGGUGCCUGUUGCACCGGUAUCAGUUUAUCAGCACCAACCCCAGUUGGUUCCAGCACCUGUCACACCAGUGACCCUUUAUCAGCAGCAGUUGGCACCAUCGCCUGCGUUUCAUUACAGUCAUCCUGUCAAGCAAAACAUGGUGUCUGUGGCUGGUGGCCAAGUAUCAGAAGUAACUCAGCAAUUUGCGUCCUUGACAGCUGCUACUGUCCCUGACCCAGUAGAAUUUUUACAUCAGACACCAACUUCUAGACACAAUCCUGUCCUAGCACAGGCACCACACACGACAAGUUGCAAGAGUUUGUCGCGGAGUACCUACAAUCUCCUGUUCAAUUCUGGUUUCCCACCAAUCUUAGAUCGAAAUGGUGACCCUGCAGAAGUUGUCAACCCAGAGAGAGCUGAUUUAGGUACUGAUAUGAGUUCCAGUCAUCGAGAUCCACUUUCUUGUAAUGAAAUCAUUUUCCAGUUUUUGGCUAUCAACAGAAUAUUUGACUCACAACAAAUUGAAACUGAGCAAGAGAGUCAAUCAGUAUUUUUCACUUUCCAGUUCUACAAAUAUCCACCGGUAACCACAGAACGAUUAUUGUUGUGGAGAGUCAAAGACAAGAAAGGAAAAGGAGAGAAUUACCAAACCAAUUUUAGUAUUUUACACAAAAUAAAUAAAGGGGAUCUCAAGUCGAAAGGCUCAGCUGGUUUCGAAAUUCGUUAUUUCGUUGACCCUUGUUUCUUAAAACUCGGUGAAUUCCCACUGUUCUUGCAAUACUUAGAACACCACAUUCUUCACAUUGAUGUUUGGAAUGGUGAUUCUUUGCUCCUGCUUGGUUCUUCUUCUGUCCCUUUAAAGUACCUGUGUCGAAGAGGAAAUGAAGCAGUGCAGUGUUCUGUGGAAUUGGAUAUUUUGGUUACAGAAUCAUCCGGAGAGCUUCAAGAAAUGGGCGAAGAUAUUGGGAAACUGCGGGAUAUUCAGCCAUAUAACUCAACUGCAGUUUCUAAAGGACAACUACACUUGAGAAUGGCUAAUAUUGGAUAUCCACCCAAGAAUGUUCAAGAAUCUAAAAAAGUGGUAAAUGAAAUUUCUGUGAAGAAACAUGUGAUAACGUCUCACUUGACAGGAGAAUCUCAGUUCCAUGGAGGAAGUCUAGUCCCUGGAAAUAAACAAGGAGUUGGUGUUAAAAAGAUUUCGUUGGCCAAUCAUCUUCUACAUACUCAUCCUGAGCUUGGAACGGUUAUAACAUCGCAGAAAAGUCUUGCAAUUCCUGGGACCCCUGCCAGCCUCAAGGGUGAUAACUCUGUCGAACGUAAACGUAAACUGGCCAGAAUGGAAAUGGUCAAGAAACAGCUAACAAGUGAUGUGAAACCAGCUUUAGUUCUGGCUCACAAAGAUGAUUUGAACCAACGUGUUCGGGAUUUGAAAAUGUUGGAGCUCUACCGCCAACAAACCAAACGGGAAUGCAUUAUGAACAUGUUAAACUCCAGUAUUACCAAAGAACAUGUAAUCUUUCCUAGCUUUGCUGCAGCUGAGUUCUUUGAAUUUGUUCUCCUCAAUCCAAGUGAUGUACAAGAAAUGGUCACUAUUGAAUAUGAUGAUUCUGAUCUAAGCAUUAUAACUGAUGCACAAGAAUGGAGGUAUUUCAAGUCACAGACCAAUGUGACCACCCCAGUGGAAGAGGAUAUGUUUAUUGAGAACAACGUGGAUGGGAAAUGGAAGCAGAUACUGAUGAGACCCAAGGAAGAAAUACAUAUUCCAUUCAAGUUGCAGAGUUUUACUGCUGAUCAUUCAGUACAUCCACAGGGUGCUGUAAACUCUCUCAUAAAAGAAACAAAGUAUGAACAGGGUGAGAGUAGCAAAAAUGUCCAGUCUAGAACUAUUCAGAUACAAUUCAGAGCAUCAAGUGGUGGAAUUAUUGCCAUUCUCUACGUGAAACUCAUGUUCCAGCCUCAUGUCAUCGAUCAGACAUUUCGUUUUUAUCAGCCGGAGCAAUCUUUUAUGAAGAAAUCCAUCCAUUUGCCAUCGUAUCACACACUUCCAGGUGUUCCUGUAGAUGCCACUGGUCAACCCCAGCAGGUCUUUGUCCGAUGCAGUGAUCCAAAUGUCAUUUGCAACUGUGAAGAUAAGCAACCUGGUGAACCAAUAGAAAUCUUCAUUAAGGUAUCAACUGGUCUGUCACCACAAGUGAAAAAAUUCUUUGUUGCCAUUUAUGCAGACCGAUUUCAGUCACAGCCCAUUCAGAUCUGGGAGAUCAUCAUUCAUGCUUUACAGCGUGUUGAUAUUCUCUGUGUAGAAGGACAGAAAACCAAGUUUUCUCUUAUCCUCAGAGGAACUCAUUCAUCAAGGUUUGCGCGUUGUUUUACUUCACAUCCACGGGAAAUGAAACUUCAUCCAAGUGAGGCUUUUACUCUAGCUGCUGGCAGUGUUCAUGAACUCAACGUCACAGUCAGACCUGAGUCUGCAGGUUCAAAAUACUUCUACAUUAACAUGGUGGAUGUUGAUUAUCACCAGUUACUGCGUAGCUGGCUUAUAUGCAUCAAAACUCAAACCCCAGUUAUUUCAGGAACAUUCGAGAUUAAGUUGCCAGUUGGCGGAGGUUAUGGCUGUAACAAAAAAAUUUCCUAUCGAAAUCCUUACGGCAAAAGUAAACUGUUCAGUCUUCACACGAACCGGGAUGAUCUUCUACAGUUUAAAGAGAACCAGUUGGAUAUCCCCGGUGGUGAGUCCCUUGAUAUUGGUCUUCGUUUUGCUCCUGUAUUGCAGCAGGGCUCUGUGGACAUCCUUGUUUUUAUUGAUGAUGAGCAAGGAAAAAAUGAAGAAACCUUUUGUAUCAAAGCCAAUUACAUGACUUAAAAACACACCUGGAUUUUUUUUAAAAAUCAAGUCAAAUAACAAUGAUGAUGAUAAUAAUAAUAAUAAUAAUAAUGAUAACAACCAUGAUUUCAUAUUGCUACAAUGGCGGUUAUUGUUGACUGUGCCAAUCCUAAUACCUGAUUCAUUUCAUUAAUCCUGGAAGAAUGUCAAUGCUAACAAAAUUUAAACUUAAAACUAAGUACGACAACGUAUUUUGUCAGGCUUUUUACCAAUUCUAUUAAUGCUGUGCAAGAAUACCAGGAGAAAGAAUACAAAUAUUUUUAGAACUUCCUGCUGCUUGAUUCUUACUCCACUGUUCAGUUGUCUCUCCCUCUACACACAUCCCCACACAUUUUCAUGUGCACACACACACACACACACACUCACACAAUUUUUCUCUUCAUUUUAUACAUACAAACAAUGAAUUAUUUACUGCAGUUUUAAAGGUGCAAAAAGAUAUGAUCAACAUUAA